AUGGCUCGUAAUUAUGUCAAAAAGAAACCACCGCCAACAUAUUGUCAAGAAACCUUAAGAGAAGCAGUAGAAGCUGUAAAAUUUAAGCAAAUGACACUCUACAGAGCAUUAAAACAUUACUUCAUUCCAAAAGCAACAUUAUUUAAAAGAGUCAAGGGAUUAAGGGGUGAAAAAAGUACCACUAUGGGUAGGCCAACAGCUUUACCUUUAGAUAUUGAGACCAAAAUUGCUGACUAUAUUAAGACCAUGGAAAAAUGGGGUUUUGGUCUUUCAAAAAAAGAAAUUUUGUUAGCUAUUGGACAAUAUGUGUCAGAAAAUAACAUAAAAACUCCAUUUAAAGAUUCAAUACCGGGAGAUGAUUAUUUUUUAAGUUUCAAGCGCCGAUAUGGACUUUCUCAAAAGAAGCCACAAUUAGUUGAAGUGGCCCGUAAAAAAGGUAUAGAUCCAUUUGUAAUUGCAGAGUACUUUGACUUGGUGAAAGAAAUCACUUCUAAUAUACCUCCUGAGAGGAUUUAUAAUCUAGAUGAAUCCAGUUUCUGUCUAGAUCCUAGUCGUGUAAAAGUAGUAGGUGAAAAAGGAAAAGCCGCUCAUCGAGUUACAGCUGGUCCUGGUAAAGAAAACUUUUCUGUCUUAAUGGGUGGCAAUGCUACAGGAGAAAAAUUACCACCCCUUAUUAUUUUCAAAGGAAAAAAUCUUUGGGAUACAUGGCUAGCAAAAAAAAAAAAAUGACGAGUAUCCAGGAAUUACAUACGGAGCAACAAUAAACGGAUGGAUGGAAACGGAAACAUUUUCUAAUUAUAUUGAACAUACGUUCCUUCCGAAUAUUCCUAAAGAGAGACCCGUUGUUCUGAUCUAUGACGGUCACUCUUCACACACAUCAAUUGUCCUUAUAGAAACUGCUUUAAGGAAAGACAUAAUUAUUUUAAAACUACCGCCACAUACUAGCCAUCUCCUACAGAUAAUGGAUUUGGCUGUGUUCAAGCCUUUAAAACAAAUGUACGAUGAAGCUCUUAUAAAAUGGCAAAGAAGAAAUUACGGUACAAAGUUACUGCAAUCCAUAUUUUCAUCUAUAAUUUCACAAGUAUGGAAGGAGCUAGGUUCAAACCAUAUUAGAAGUGGUUUUAGUAAGGCCGGUAUUUACCCAUUCUGUAAUGCAGUGAUUCCUGUUGAAAAAUUUGAACCUGAGGCUUUCAAAAGAUUUCAAUAUCAUAACUCUAAGAAGGCAUCAUUAGUGAGAAAUAGGAAUGACCCUGGUGAUACCCCUCAACAAGAAGAAAUGUCGGAAAAUACCAGUGGCAGUCAAGCAACACACUUGGUCAGAAGUACUGUGUUACAAUACAAACAGUAUCUUCAAAAUGAUAAUCAGAAUCAUGCAUUAAAAAGGCUUCCUGAAAGAAAUUUCUUCGAAUCUAUUUUACUCGAACAUGUCAAACAAUCCCCAUCAAACCAGCAAAAGCGUAAGAAAAUCUGUUCUGGCGCUGAGAUCAUAACACACACUGACUAUUUAGCAAAAAUGAAGAUACAACAAGACAAAAAGACCGUAAAAUCCAAUAAAACGGAAAGGAAAAGGAUAAAGAAGAAGGAAACACAAUCUGACAGCAGUGAUGAUGACCAAGCUUUCAUUGAGAUGAGAUCAGAUUCCGACGACGAUAUUGAUAUAUUAAGGGUUCCAACCCCUCCCAUCGAAGAAGAGUUACAUCGUGCGGCUAUGCCCGAUGAUUUCGUAUUAAUGAAAUUUCCAGUUAAAGGAGGCUCAAAUUAUAUUUAUUAUGUCGCUAAAAUUUUGCAGUGUUUUGAUACUGAAGUUAAAGUUAGUUGCCUUCGAAAAUGCAUACAAAAUGACGGAAAAUAUUAUUUUCCUAACCUACCAGACAUAUCAGUCGAAUUUAAGUUCCAAAUUGAAUUAGUAUUGCCAAAACCAUUAAGUUUUUCCCAGCUUACAAAAAGGCAAUAAGCUUUAAUUUCGUUUCCUA